AUGGCUUCCUUAACCCUCCCUUCUCUCCUUCGCACAUCAACGCGAGCGGUGCGACUAAACCGCAUCCCCGCACUCACCCCAUGUUUCCGCUCCAUCUCAACAAAACACCCCAAAGGCUUCGUACCUCCGUCCGAGGAUGAUCUUCUAGAGCUGCGAGAGCGUGUGCAAGAUUUCACAAGGCGAGAGAUCCCAGCCGAUGUUGCUGCACGGACAGAUGAACAGAAUGAGUUCCCAGCGGAAAUGUGGAGGAAGAUGGGUGAUGCUGGGUUCCUCGGUGUCACAGCCAACGAGGAGUACGGUGGCUUGGGUAUGGGCUACCAGGCACAUUGCGUUGUGAUGGAAGAGAUUAGCCGAGCAUCCGGAAGCAUCGGUCUCUCUUAUGCCGCCCACUCCCAGCUCUGCGUGAAUCAGCUCUCCCUCAAUGGCUCGACAGAACAAAAAGAGCGAAUUCUUCCAGGUCUUCUAUCAGGCGAGAAGGUUGGUGCUCUCGCAAUGUCGGAGCAUUCAGCUGGCUCCGAUGUAGUCAGCAUGAAGACCACGGCGAAGGAAGUUGAUGGAGGCUGGCUCUUGAACGGAACCAAGAUGUGGAUUACCAACGGCCCCGAUGCCGAUUACAUUGUCGUGUACGCCAAGACAGAGCCUGAACUAGGCUCCAAAGGGAUCACAGCGUUCCUGGUUGAGAAGAACUUCAAGGGCUUCUCUUGCGCACGUAAGCUAGACAAGUUGGGUAUGCGUGGCUCUAACACAGGCGAGCUCAUCUUUGAGGAUGUUUUCGUUCCCCGGGAGAACCUCCUGGGUGAAGUCAACCGCGGUGUCCGCGUAUUGAUGGAGGGUCUGGACUUGGAGCGACUCGUCCUGAGUGCAGGACCACUAGGAAUCAUGCAAGCCGCACUUGACCUCGUCCUUCCUUACACACACGUGCGCAAGCAAUUCGGUGCACCCAUCGCCCACAACCAGCUGGUCCAGGGCAAGCUUGCGGAUAUGUACACUAAGCUGGCUGCCUCGCGUGCGUACACCUACGCCACGGCACGGCAGGUAGACAACGCCGCCGUGGAACCUGGCGAGUUGACCGUCCGCACUCAGGACUGCGCCGGUGCAAUCCUCUACGCCGCCGAACGCGCGACUGAAUGUACGCUUGAUGCCAUCCAGCUCAUGGGAGGCAGUGGGUACAUCAACGAGAUCCCUGCCGGGCGCCUUCUGCGGGACGCAAAGCUGUAUGAGAUUGGUGCCGGUACAAGCGAGAUCCGCAGGAUGGUCAUUGGCCGCGCAUUCAACAAGGAGUAUUCUUAA